AUGACAACCUUCGCCAUCAAGAGCAUCCACUUACCUGGCCAAUGGUGGAGCCAGUCUGGGAGUAAGUUGCACGCUGUAUGGCAUGCAGGUGCGAGGAUGGAGCAGUGCAGACUCCUUGCGAAGAAAUUCCAUUUAAGUCUAGCAACUAGAGUUGGAUUGACGAAGAAGGACUUUGAUGUCUUACCCACCUAUCUCUUCACUUCGGGGGAUGUGUGGUGUGUGGUAGCCCAACUAUGGAAGACAGGUGUUCGGUACAGCAGUGGUGGGGAGGCUGUGUCAAUCAUGAAGCUCCGUCAUCCCCAAGCCUAUGACGCGCUCAUUGCAUUUAGUCAUUUCGUGUUUCACUCCACCGACGGUGCUCUGUUACAUGUUGAUUUCAACUGUAUAUGGACCCUCCCUAGCUAG